UCCGAAGAAAUCGUUGUUUCUAAAAAAGAGAGAAACGUUUUUUCUAUUAAAAAAUAUUUUCAGCUUCGCGUUUUCGUCUUAAACUGCCUUGAAAAAGUUUCCUGCUCCCCUGCACACGCACAACAACUUGCCGACAUUCUGAUUUGCUCCGACUACCGUGGUCAUUACUCCCACGGCUUGAAUCGACUUCAUAUAUACGUCACUGAUUUAGCUGAAAAGUCAACGGCAAAAGAAGGAGAACCAGUUAUUAUCAAACAAAAGGGUUCCACCGCCUGGGUUGAUGGUUGUAACCUACUUGGGCCGGUUGUAGGCAACUUUUGUAUGAAACUAGCGAUUCAGAAGGCUCGUGAACAUGGCAUCGGAUGGGUAGUCGCAAAAAACUCGAAUCACUUUGGCAUUGCUGGCUGGUACGCCGAAGCAGCGCUAAAACAAGGACUUGUGGGAAUGGCUUUCACUAACACAUCUCCAUGUGUCUUCCCUACCAACUCCGCCGAAAAAAGUCUUGGCUCAAAUCCAAUUUGCCUUGCUGCUCCCGCUCAGAAUGGGGACUCAUUCUUCCUAGAUAUGGCGUCAACUACAGUAGCUUAUGGAAAAAUAGAAGUCGUAGACCGCCGUGGAGGUAAACGAAUUCCAAGAAAUUGGGGAGCGGACGCAGAUGGCAUGGAAACGCAAGAUCCUAAGGAGGUGCUCAAUGGUGGAGGACUGCAGCCGCUGGGAGGAUCAGAGUGCACAGGUGUUGCCUAUUCGCCUAUUAUAAUCUUAUUAGAAGGGAAAUCAUACGCAACAGCGAGUAGUGCCAUAUUCGCAAAAAAA